AUGGAGGAUUACAGAACGGCCUCAAAGUUAAUACCGCGUAAUGGUUACAUGGCUACCAUUGACCUACGGGAGGCUUACUUACUAGUGUCAAUUAAGUCGAGUCAUCGCAAAUUUUUAAGAUUUCAAUUUGAAGAUGAAAAUUUAGUUAAAACCCUUUAUGAAUUUAAUGCCAUGCCGUAUGGCCUGUCCAUUGCUCCUAGAACAUUUAGUAAGAUAAUGAAAGAGGUAAUAACCAACUUAAGAAGCAGGGGAUAUAAGUCUGUCAUAUAUCUUGACGAUAUUCUUUGUAUAGGUAAAGACUACAAAGAAUGUUUGGAUAAUGUUAACGAGACUAUGCGUCUUUUACAAUGCUUAGGUUUUGUUAUUAAUUAUAAUAAGUCCUGUCUAGGCCCACAUAUAUCUUGCAAAUAUUUGGGAUUUAUUUUUGAUUCCACGGAACUUUCUAUAAGUCUACCCAUAGACAAACAAAAUCAUAUAGCCCACUUAGUACAAAGGUUCUCUUGCUUAACUAGUUGUUCGAUUAGAGAUUUCGCUCAUUUGAUAGGUGUCCUGACGGCCGCCUGUCCUGGGGUAAAAUAUGGCUGGUUGUACACUAAACUACUAGAAAGACAAAAAUACCUUGCGAUUCUAAAAUAUAAGACGUACAAUAAAAAUAUACAACUUUCAAAAGAUAUCUUACCAGAUUUGCAGUGGUGGAGAAAAAAUGUAUUUUCAACCAAAACUUCAUUUAGAAUAACUAAAUAUAAUUAUGAGAUAUUUACAGACGCGUGCUUGACAGGUUGGGGUGCUUGUUGUAACAAUAUUCGUGUUGGUGGACGAUGGAAAUAUAAUGAACUCGAGUAUCAUAUCAAUUACCUAGAAUUACUAGCCAUAUUUCUAGGUAUUAAAUGUUUUGUUAGGGAUAUGUCGGAUUGUAAUAUUUUAUUGCGCGUAGAUAAUACAACAGCUAUAAGUUAUAUCAAUCGAAUGGGAGGAAUUCAAUUCCCCCAUUUGAACGAGUUAUCUCGAUCAAUAUGGCAAUGGUGCGAGAAGCGAAACAUUUGGCUACACGCAUCUUACAUAAAUAGUAAAGAAAAUUUCGAAGCAGACCAAGAAUCAAGGAAACUAAACCUAGAUACAGAAUGGGAGCUAAGCGAUAACGCUUAUAAGGAGAUCGUACAAAAAUUGGGGGAACCAGAAAUAGAUCUUUUCGCUUCUCGUGCUAAUGCUAAGUGCAGAACCUAUGUGUCUUGGAGACCGGAUCCAGAUGCCUUAUUAGUAGAUGCUUUCACUAUUGAUUGGAAAAACAAAUAUUUCUAUGCGUUUCCACCUUUUUCUUUAAUAAUCAAAUGUCUGGAAAAAAUCACAAGCGAUAAAGCCGAAGGUAUUUUGGUCUUUCCUUAUUGGCCAUCCCAGCCUUGGUACCCAAUGUUAAAUAACUUACUCCGUUCAGAUAUACUGUUUUUCAAACCUCACAAAAAUCUCUUACGGUCUUCUUCCAGAACUCCUCAUCACCUGCACAAACAACUUACCCUGGGUGCAGCGAGGCUCUCAGGGUCGCAUUUAUAA